UGUGAGUGUGUGAUUCAUCCAUUAUUGUGUUUGUCACAAAGUCCAUCAACAACAAGAUCAUUAGGGGAGGGUGAGUUGAGUUUGUUCUCAAUUUCACAACAAAGGGAAGUGUGGCUGUAUGGUGGGAUAAUUUGCAGAAGUCACGACAGAGGCAGGCCAAACAACCGGUUAGGACAUGGCGUAGGAUGAAACAGUUGAUGAUGGACCGUUUCGUUUCAGUAGAUUACGAGCAGCAUCUCUAUCGCCUCUACCAUAAUUGUACCCAAGGUAGCAGGGCAGUAGAGGAUUAUACUGACGAGUUCCUAUGGUUGGCAAAGAGAAAUUCGUUGAAUGAGACUCAAGGGCAGACCGUAUCAAGAUAUGUCAAUGGAUUGACGACGUCAAUACAGGAUAGAAUUGGGUUACAAGUUUUCUGGGAUGUCCAUGAGGCUCAAAAUAUGGCUAUGAAGGCACAACAGUUAGAGAAAGAAUUGAAAGAACGUGAAACAAACAGAAGAAAUCGAGCUAUGGCAAUAACAAUAAUUACCAGAGGAAGGCAGCAGAUUCUUCUGUUCCUAACAAGGAGAAGAAAGAGGUUCAGCCGACCCAAAGGAAUAAUUAUAAAGGGCAGAAUUACAGAGGAGAGAGCUGCCAGAACACUGACAUAAAUCAGAAUCGCACUACUACAAUU